UAUUUUAAAACUACACCCCCCGCUAGUGUCGGCAACGUUGUAUUGUUCACAAUGGGGGAAAAACUACAACUCCCACAGUGCCGCGAGGCGCAGUCACGUAGGUGUUUCCGGUGUCUUAUAACAUUUUACUUCCUUCCACACGGGCCGACGCGAACAAAUCGAGAAAGAAGACGUCGCCAACUUUUUAAUGCCGUCGUUAAUGGUCGCGUGUUGAGCACAUUUUGACGUUUAAUUUCCCUCGUGAAAUGCGCGGCGCGCGCGCUUGUGGAGUCUGAGAUUCAAAGAACUCUUGACAGACCGUAACGUGCAGGCCUCAGAAGAAAGUUUGGUCGAGGGCCUGUAAACAACAUGUCCUCCGCCUCGCAGCCUUCCUCCAGACGGCAAUGGUGCUACCUCUGUGAUCUGCCCAAGAUGCCGUGGGCCAUGCUGUGGGAGUUCAGCGAGGCCGUGUGCCGAGGAUGUGUCAACUACGACGGGGCCGACAGAAUAGAGCUCCUCAUCGAGACUGCCAGGCAGCUGAAGAGCACGCACGGAGUGUUGGACGGCCGGUCCCCGGGUCCUCAGCAGGGCAAGCCGAGCUCCUCCGGGCCCCCUGAAGCAGGGCGGCAGCAUGGAGAGCGUAUGGAAAGGGGGAGGGGUGAGUAUGUGGUGUCUUCUCGCCUCCUCAAUGGCCUGCACAGAGCUGAAGAUGUCUCCCUGUCAGAGGCCAGCAGGCAGAGCCCUAACACGCGUCGGGCCAUAGUGGGGGCAGUCCCCAGUCUACAUGGCACCAUAUCCCAUGCAUUGAUUGCUCAGGGGUUAGUAGCGGCUCCUCACGGGCUUUUAGCCCCCAUGUCAGGCUCCAGGUCAGGGGCCACACCAAUUGCUGUCUCGACAGGCUCCAUAAUGGGCGACGCUGGCAGAAGACAGGUUGUGUCCCUGAGUGUGGGACCGAGCACGUCUGCUCUGGUGGGUAUAGAUCCUGCUUUGUGGCGAAACAAUGAAAUGAUGGCAGAACUGAACGAGGUGGCUCGCAACAGGGUCGAAGGCUGGCCUAACCGGCCCAAAGCCGUCCGGGACGUCCUCGUUGCCUUGAGCAGCUGUGUCCCCUUUAACGUGCGCUUCAGGAAAGACCACAAUCUGAUGGGCCGUGUUCUGGCUUUUGAUACCAGCACAACGCCGGAGUUUGAGUUGAAGGUGUUUGCAGAGUACCCUGCCGGCUCUGGGAUGAUCUUCUCGGGAGUCCCGGACCUGGUCAGGCAGAUGUUUCGCGACUCGGCGAAAGAUGCGGGCAAAGCGGUGAACUCUGGGCUGCGCUAUGUGGAAUACGAGAAGCGGCAGGGCACGGGAGACUGGCGUGGGCUUGCGGAGCUGUUAAAUGACGGCGUGCGCAUGUUCAAAGAGCCCCCAAUUCCAGAGGUUCUGCCCCAGCUGGAUGCGGGGUUGCCUGUGGCAACCGCCGGACGCUCUGUUCCGGGUAAGAGCGCGGCUCGACGCCGCAAGGCCUCCCCGGGCUCCGAGAACGGAGAGAACGAAGGGAGGCCCGAUCACCCGGCGAGAGAGCCCUGGCCCCGAGGUGCUUACUCCGGCAUGGAGCCGCUUCCUGGCAUGGCCGCCCCACAAGAAGGCCCGCCCCGUUUACAUAGCCAGCCUUCGCCCAUCUCUGCACUCAUGGGAGUUGCAGACAGCCUGAGCUCCAGCCAGAUGGCCAGGGACAGCCCCGGCAUGUCCACGGCCCACGCCUCGUCAGCGGGGCGUCCCACCAGCGGCAGCCCCUCUGCCGCCUCCACCUCGGCCUCCCAGGCGGCUUCGGGGCAGGGCUUGAGCGCGGCGGGGCAGAGCAGCAACGCCGGCGCCGGGGAUUCCACGAGCAGCGCUCCGGGCACGCUGCUCUGCUGCACACUCUGCCGGGAGCGCUUGGAAGACACCCACUUUGUCCAGUGUCCCUCCGUCCCACACCACAAGUUCUGCUUCCCCUGCACCCGGGGGUUCAUCCGCAGCCAAGGUCAAGGUGGGGAGGUGUACUGCCCCAGCGGAGAGCGCUGUCCCCUGGCCGGGUCCUCCGUGCCGUGGGCCUUCAUGCAGGGAGAGAUCUCCACCAUCCUGGCCGGAGACGGAGAUGUGACGGUAAAGAAGGAGAGCGACCCAUGACCUCUCCCAUCAUCCUGUUGAAAAUGUGGAGCAAACACUUUGAAAGCACUUCCCUAUUAUCUCGAGCAGAGGUCCACUUUGGCUGCAGUUCAUCAUGUGUGCCUCUGAGGAACCCCAGGAGACACCACACACACACACACACACACACGGCUAACUAAAGAUGAGGGACACGCCCGUCUGUCGGGGCCGAGCUGCUGACGUCACAGAUGGACGUCGGGUCCCGGGCUCGCUCUCUCCUCUCCUUCGUUGAAGUGGGGGCCGUUGGCGCUGAGGCCCACGAUAGAAAGCACACGCUUGACGGACGACGGCAAAAUUGAAUUCUUUCUCAGAAAAAUAAAUGAAUGUUCAAAUGUGGCAAAACCAUUGGAUCCUUUAAAGCCAAGGAUGGAGGGAAAAAGAAAUUAAAAAAAUGUAAUCCCACAAUGUCUUAGGUAUUUUCCUCUUGUUGUAUGUCAAAUGUGAAUUUACUUUCAAUACGGCUAUGUAAUUUCUAUUUUUGAUACAACACAAAUUUCUAUGUAUUUGUUUAUAGUGAUAAAAAGACCAAAGAUGGCUUCAUGCUCAAUGUCCUUUUCUUGUAUUGUAGCCGUGUAUGCUGUACUCUGACGACUUUGGCGUCAGUCACUAAUUUGUUCAUCUAUCACAGAUGUAAGCUUGUCUUUGUCUUAUUUACUUUU